CAAAGAGAUAGAUAAUACACCGGAAGAGGGAGCCAGCGGUGAUGCUCUGCUCGGCCUCGCCGCUGCCGUCUCCUCCCGCCGGCGGGACGGCCGCCUCCGACCACCACGCGCGUCUGAGGGCCGCGGCUGCGCGCUCCGACCUUCCGGGCGCGCUCACCGCGUUCGUCGCCAUGUCCUCCACCGCACCCGCGUCCGCGGCCGGCCCAGUCCUCCGCACCUUCACCUCCCUCCUCAAGCUCUGCGCGGCGCGCUCCGACCUCGCUACGGGCCGCACCGUGCACGCUCAGCUCGCCGCGCGCGGGCUUGCGACGGAGGCCCUCGCGGCGACGGCGCUCGCCAACAUGUACGCCAAGUGCCGCCGGCCUGGGGACGCGCGCAGGGUGUUCGACCGGAUGCCCGUGCGGGACCGCGUCGCCUGGAACGCGCUCGUCGCGGGGUACGCGCGGAACGGGCUCGCUGGGGCUGCCAUGGAGAUGGUCGUCAGGAUGCAGGAGGAGGACGGGGAGCGGCCUGACUCCGUCACGCUCGUGUCCGUGCUGCCUGCCUGCGCCGACGCCCAGGCACUCGGGGCCUGCCGCGAGGUGCACGCAUUUGCGGUCCGCGGUGGAUUCGAUGAGCUCGUCAAUGUCUCCACUGCGAUCCUUGACGUGUACUGCAAGUGUGGGGCGGUCGAGGCGGCACGGGUGGUCUUCGAUCAGAUGCCAGUCAAAAACUCCGUGUCCUGGAAUGCGAUGAUUAAGGGGUAUGCUGAAAAUGGGAAUUCCACAGAAGCUCUGGCUCUGUUCAAAAGGAUGGUGGGAGAGGGCGUAGAUGUGACUGAUGUGUCUAUAUUGGCAGCAUUGCAUGCUUGUGGCGAGCUCGGGUUUCUCGAUGAGGGGAUGCGCGUCCAUGAGCUACUUGUGAGGAUUGGGCUUGACUCCAAUGUGUCGGUGAUGAAUGCGCUGAUCACCAUGUACUGCAAGUGUAAGAGGACCGACCUUGCUGCGCAGGUGUUCGAUGAGUUGCGCUACAAGACACGCAUCUCAUGGAACGCCAUGAUACUCGGGUGUGCGCAGAAUGGAAGGUCAGAUGAUGCCGUGAGGCUCUUCUCUAGGAUGCAGCUGGAAAAUGUGAAACCUGAUUCGUUCACUCUCGUCAGUGUCAUUCCUGCUCUUGCAGACAUUUCAGAUCCACUGCAGGCAAGAUGGAUCCAUGGAUACUCUAUCAGGAUGCACCUAGAUCAGGAUGUGUAUGUUCUCACAGCCCUUAUUGACAUGUACGCAAAAUGUGGCCGCGUCGGUAUUGCUAGAAAUCUCUUCAAUUCAGCAAGGGAGAGGCAUGUUAUCACAUGGAAUGCAAUGAUCCAUGGGUACGGCUCACAUGGUUUUGGCAAGGUCGCAGUUGAGCUGUUUGAAGAGAUGAAGAGCACUGGCAGAGUACCCAACGAGACAACCUUCCUCUCAGUUCUCUCAGCAUGCAGUCAUGCUGGUUUGGUUGAUGAAGGAAGGAAAUAUUUUUCGAGCAUGAAGGAGGACUAUGGGCUUGAACCUGGGAUGGAGCACUAUGGUACCAUUGUGGAUCUGCUUGGCAGAGCUGGGAAGCUAGAUGAAGCCUGGUCUUUCAUCCAAAAGAUGCCUAUUGAUCCUGGCAUUAGUGUUUAUGGUGCAAUGUUAGGUGCUUGCAAGUUACACAAGAACGUGGAGUUGGCAGAAGAAUCAGCCAACAGGAUCUUUGAGCUAGGGCCAGAAGAGGGGGUCUACCAUGUCCUCCUAGCAAAUAUUUAUGCAAAUGCUUCAAUGUGGAAGGAUGUUGCAAGGGUUAGAACUGCUAUGGAGAAGAAAGGCCUCCAAAAGAGCCCUGGAUGGAGUAUUGUUCAGCUCAAAAAUGAGAUUCAUACGUUCUACUCUGGAAGCACAAAUCACCAGCAGGCAAAGGAUAUAUAUGCAAGGUUGGCUAAGCUAAUAGAUGAGAUAAAAGCUGUGGGUUAUGUGCCAGACACUGAUUCUAUACAUGAUGUAGAAGAUGAUGUCAAGGCACAGUUGCUCAACACCCAUAGUGAGAAGCUCGCAAUUGCAUAUGGGCUCAUUCGCACAGCCCCUGGUACAACAAUUCAGAUAAAGAAGAACCUGCGAGUCUGUAAUGACUGUCACAAUGCAACCAAGUUAAUAUCUCUAGUGACAGGACGGAAAAUUAUCAUGAGAGAUAUUCAACGAUUUCACCAUUUUAAGGACGGUAAAUGUUCCUGUGGAGACUACUGGUAGUGAAUGUUUGAAGGAAGGCCAAAUACGUAUUUUGAGAUGAUAGAACUUCAUGCAGCUAAUGCAAGUAGGACAGUAAGAUCACAGUAUCAGAAUAUCAGGUGAACAUAACUAAUUGGCACGUAUAUUAAGGUCUAGCAGAUACCUUCUUUAUUAUCACUACAUGGCUCAGAUUGUGAAGCACCAGGGAGCUUUAAUGAUCAUCUCACAGAACAUACUGUAGAUUUCAGCCCGUUUACAUUGGUACUGUACACGUUUCAAGACCUUCAUAAAAUAGUGCACAUGGAAGCAGUUGACCAUAGCAAACACUGCUAUUAUAUUCUCAUCUGGGAUUAGAUGAUGAGGUUUAUCUGUUGAUAACUAAAUAAAUUACCUGUGUUUUACAAUUUUGUGUACUUCAGAAUCGUGAGAUGAGUAUGUAACCAAAUCUGGUAUUCUGUGAUGAAAUCAUGUAUGUAACAAAAUCUGGUCUUUUGUAAUGAAAGUCAACUGUAACAACAUUCUGUGUUUU